AUGGCUCGUUCUGCCCUGGGGGUCUCCCUGCUCCUGCUUGCUGUGGCUUCCAUGGUGCACAGCAAAGUUUCUCAGAAAAUACCCAGCAAAGCAUCCAGCUCCAGCAAGGCUGCCCUCCGCCAGCUCUCCGAUUAUUUAUUUGCCAAUUACAAGAAGGACGUUCGGCCGGUCUGGAACUGGAGGAAGACCACCAAUGUGGCCAUCGACGUCAUGAUUUAUGCCAUUCUGAGCGUGGAUGAAAAAAACCAAGUUCUGACCACCUAUAUUUGGUACAGGCAGCACUGGAUCGACGAAUUCUUGAAAUGGAAUCCAGAGGACUUCGACAACAUCACCCAGAUGUCCGUCCCCACCGAAGCCAUCUGGGUCCCAGAUAUCCUGAUCAACGAAUUUGUGGAUGUGGGCAAAUCCCCCGAAAUCCCCUACGUCUACAUCCUCUAUAAUGGGGAAGUGAGGAAUCUCAAGCCUGUCCAAGUAGUGACCGCCUGCAGCCUGGACAUCUACAACUUCCCCUUCGAUGUACAGAACUGCUCUCUGACCUUCACCAGUUGGCUGCAUAACAUACGAGACAUCAACCUCUCCCUAUGGAGGACCCCAGAGGAGGUGAAAACUGACAGGAGCGUCUUCAUGAACCAGGGCGAAUGGGAGCUUCUUCACGUGCUCAGCCAGUUUCGAGAGUUCAGUGUGGGGGACAAUGAUUACUAUGCUGAGAUGAAGUUCUUUGUGGUCAUUCGGAGACGUCCCCUUUUCUAUGCUGUCAGUCUGCUGCUCCCCAGUAUCUUUCUAAUGGUCAUGGAUAUUGUGGGCUUCUACCUGCCCCCUGAUAGUGGGGAAAGAGUUUCAUUCAAGAUCACCUUGCUCCUUGGCUACUCUGUCUUCCUAAUCAUUGUGUCCGACACACUGCCUGCGACUGCUAUCGGGACCCCCCUUAUAGGUAUCUAUUUUGUGGUUUGCAUGGCCUUAUUGGUCAUCAGCUUGACAGAGACCAUCCUCAUUGUACGCCUGGUGCACAAACAGGACCUUCAGCCCCAUGUUCCUGACUGGGUGAAGCGCUGGGUUCUGGAGCGGGCCACCAUCCUGCUCUGCAUCCAAGACAGGAAAGCCUUCCGCCCCAUCUGCACUCAAAGUUCAAACAUCUCCAGGAACAUCGAGAAUAACGACAGCACAGCCAAGCUGAACCACUACAGCUGUGAGGCCACACGUGACUACGAAGGCAGAACAGGGGCUGCCACAGACCCCCUGCAGGGCGAGAGCCCAGAGUCGGUUGCGCAUAUCCUACAGGAGAUUGCAGCCAUCCGCCAGUUCCUGGAGAAGAGAGAUGAAUUCCGAGAUAUUGCCUGCGAGUGGCUGCAGGUCGGCUACGUUUUGGAUGUCCUCCUCUUCCGUGCCUACCUGGUGGCAGUGCUGGCCUACAGCAUCACCCUUGGCACGCUGUGGUCCAUCUGGCAGUAUGCCUGACGCGCCCACCUUACCAGAGAAGGGCUCAGCAGACCAGGCACCACGAGCC